AGACGAACAUAAACGUGAGACCGACCUGUCUAGUGAAUUUCACUCGAUUUCACAUUGCUAGCUUUUUUUUAAACGUGAUUGUGGUUAUUUCGAAAUCAGUUAUGACUUCAGAAGAGGGGUUUAAAGUAACUUCUUUGAAAGGCAAAGUGACUCUGAUCACAGGUGCCAGUUCGGGCAUCGGUGCAGGGGCAAGCGUCAUGUUCGCUAAACUUGGUGCCUUGCUGGCAUUGAACGGUCGCGAUUUGGAAAACCUAACCAAAGUAGCCAAACAGUGCACGGACCUGGGUGCUGCGGAGCCCCUGCUUGUACCUGGAGACCUGACUAACGAGGACACAGUAAAGAACACAGUGGAGCAGACCAUCGCCCAUUUUGGCCGUCUGGAUGUGCUGAUCAACAGUGCUGGCAUCCUGGCCAUGGGUAGCAUUGAGACGGGUGACCUAGCUCAGUAUGACAAGGUCAUGAAUGUCAACGUCAGAUCAGUGUACCAUUUGACUCAGCUGUGUGUGCCCCACCUUAUCAAGACUAAGGGUUCUAUUGUCAACGUGUCCAGCGUCAACGGGCAACGAUCGUUUCCAGGUGUCCUUGCUUAUUGUAUGUCCAAAUCUGCUAUCGACCAAUUCACCCGAUGCAUUGCGCUUGAGCUAGCAUCGAAGCAAGUGCGAGUGAACUCUGUCUGCCCUGGCGUGAUCAUCACAGACGUCCACAGGAGAGCAGGUCUGGAUGAGGACCAGUACGCUCAAUUCCUGGAGAAGUGUAAGCAGACCCAUGCCCUGGGAAGACCAGGUGAAGUGGAGGAGGUUGCCCAUGCCAUAGCUUUCCUGGCAUCUGACGCGUCAACCUUCAUUACCGGGGUCAACCUACCAGUGGACGGAGGGCGCCAUGCCAUGUGUCCAAGAUAACGUCCUGUGAUGUCAUCACAGACCGGCAGCCAAUACAUAAUUGCUCGGGUUGGAUCAUCUUUUAUUUAUCGAGUUUAGGCAGACAGAAUGUUUACAGAAUGGUCUUCUGCUAUAAAAAAUAAAAUAAAAAUUGACAACA